AAGACAUUGGACAUGGCUCGCUAUGAGCAGUAUCAUGUAUAUUCUCUUCCGCAGGAGCUUCUGGCUACCUUAACUCCCCGCAGUCUAUUAACGGAGGGGCCUCCAAAACCCCCCACGCCGGACUUAUCUGAAGCUGCUUCAACUGCUGGACCAGGCGGGCGAUCUUGCAAUAUCUGUCUCGGUGCAACGUUCUCGGAUGUGGAUGAGCAAAGAAUUCACUUCCGAUCUGACUGGCAUCGGUACAAUGUAAAGUCGAGAUUGAAUGGCGGGAAAGCUGUGGGCGAAGCGGAGUUCGCUCGACUCAUGGAAAGUCUUGACGAUUCAUUGUCCGGAUCCGCUUCCUCAUCAGAAGAUGACGGGGAGUCGGACGAUUCGGACGCAAUCACUAAUCUGGUGAACCAGAGAGAGAAGCAAGCGCGGUCGCUGUCCCCUAUUCCUGAAGCACCCAAAAUGCGUCAAACUGCACUAGUGUGGUUCCACUCUCCGCCGUCCACACAGAUCGGCAUCUACAAGGCUAUCUUCCCACUGUCCGCGACUCCCUCAUCUUAUUUGGAUGAAUUGAGGGACAUGCAGAACCGGGUAGCCGAUGGGCGUACGUGGGCUGUAUUUAUGGUCGCCGGAGGUCAUUUUGCUGGAGCUAUCGUUAGAGUGCAGCGUUCUGAGGAUGACCAGGAAGACGAGACUAAGACCAAGAAAGGGAAACAGAGGGUACCCAAACCAGAUGUUGAAGUCUUAAAGCAUAAGACCUUCCACCGUUAUACGACUCGUCGUAAGCAGGGAGGCUCCCAGAGUCUCAACGACAAAUCCAAAGGUGCAGCAAUAAGUGCAGGUGCUCAGCUACGUCGUUACGGAGAGCAAGCCCUACGAGAUGAUAUACGGAACUUGUUGAAUGACUGGUCAGAAGAUAUCCACGAUUGCGAAAGGAUAUGGAUCCGGGCGAACACGUCUAACAGGCGGAUCUUUCUGGAUUACGAAGGAUCUCCGAUAGCCAAGGGCGAUGAGCGUCUCCGCACGUUCCCCUUCCCUACCCGUCGUCCUACUCAAGCGGAGUUGUCGCGAUGCCUGAUGGAACUGACGAGAGUCAAAGUGUCCCACUUCACCGAGGAGGAACUCAAGGCCCAGGACGAAGCCUACCUGGCCUCUCUGCCAAAACCCAAGCCACAGCCCGUGCCUGCGGUGCCUGCCCCCGCGCCUGAGAAACCGACACGCCCCAAGUUGAGCAAGGAAGAAGAGGCCCUGCGAGACAAAUGGGAGCGCUUGGUCGAGAUGGUCACCAAGGGCCGUCUCGAGCCGCUCAAGGGGUUCUGGCAACGAGAAGGGGCCAAUUUGGGUGGUGUUGAUGUACUCAUCCCGGAGUUCGUAGGCGAGCGGCGUACUCUGCUGCAGCUUGCUACACAGACUGGACAAGAAGAGGUUACCCAAUGGCUUCUCGAGGAGGCACACGCUGAUCCGACGGUGGAAGUUCCAAGCGUGGAGGGCCAUGAGGAUGGCGAGACCAAGGAAGACGAAGGGUCUUCAGCAAAGGCUAGGUCCAGGCGCACUGCGUACGAUCUGGCAAGGACGAAGGAGGUGCGCAACGUUUUCCGACGAUGCGCGGCUGCCCAUCCGGACUGGUGGGACUGGCUCGUGGCAGCGCACGUUCCUAGUGUCCUGACUCAAGAAAUGGAAGAGGAGCAGGAGGAGAAGAAGAAAGUUCGGCGGAAGGGAUUGAAAGAUAAGCUACGCGAGCGACAAGCGAAAGAGAAGGAGAGAGAAGUCGAGUCUCCACCCCCACUUCCCGCGGAGCCUCAGGUUGCGCAGGCUCCUCGAAGUCAAGAUACCACGGGCCCCCGGAAGCUGGGAGGCGCCGCUGGUGCUGUGGACGGAAUAGCUGGUCUGACACCCGAAAUGAGGGCCAAGGUCGAACGGGAACGUCGAGCUAGGGCUGCCGAAGCACGGCUGAAGCGACUCGGGGGCUAA